AUGGUCAACAGGCAGCUGCAGUCCCACAACUUUGGCGAGGAUCAGAUCAUGGAGCUCAAGUUAAAUCGCCAACUCAUGCUCGUGCUCAUCUGUGAUGGAUACGACGAAAUUCAGCAACUCGUCAACCUCCACAAGGCAUCUGUCUCAACCAGCCUGGCAAGUGUAACACCAAAAUGGUCAUCAGCUGCAGGAGUCAAUACCUUGAACCUUCAUGCCAGGAUCGUCUCAAUCCGCAAUCCAACGAUCAGGACAUCCUGGAGCACCCAAGGCUACAUGGAAAAGCUCAUCACCAUUCCUAACCUCAUGGUUCUGGUUAAGGAUCCGUUCCUCAUAUUGCUCGCGCUCGAGGCAAUUUCAGAUGCCAUAUAUGGCAACCAGGGGCUGUCCACCAUCAGUAUUGUCCCCAUCCAGCUAUACAACACCUUUGUCAACCACUGGUUCAAUGUCAGCAACCGACAGCUCCGAAGCAAUACCCUGGUCAAGGAGGAUUGUGACGUGUUGGAGCAGCUUGAGGGUAUACGAAAGGGCUUGAGGGUCAAGUGA